UACACCCCACUUCUUCUUCUUCUUCUUCUAUCUCUGUGGCGGCUCUUGUUUAAGAUCGGAUCGGCUUGUCUUCUGUCGCUUUUCAAAUCGAUCCGUCACCCAAAUUCGAUCCCUCGAGGUUUAAUCGCCAUGGUAGUCGGCGCACAACAGAAGCCACAACCACAAUCACAACCCCAACAACAGCAACAGCCGCCGCAGCAGCAGCAACCGGAGCCUUCGCCCGAAGAGGAGGCCCUGAAGAGGAACACCGAUUGCGUCUACUUCCUCGCCUCCCCCGUCUCCUGCAAAAAGGGAAGUGAAUGUGAAUAUCGCCACAGUGAACAUGCUCUGUACAAUCCUAGGGACUGCUGGUUCUGGUUGAAUGGAAAUUGCCUAAAUUUGAAAUGCUCGUUUCGGCAUCCACCUCUUGAUGGUUUGCUAGGAAGCCCAGCUGCAAAUUCCGCUGGACCUUCUUUGCCUCUACCACAUACUGUUACAACACCUGCUGCUACCUUCAGCUCAAGUAAACAAGCAGUCCCAUGUAUCUUCUUUCAAAGGGGAUUUUGUUCAAAAGCUGAUAAAUGCCCUUUCUCACAUGGACCAAAUCCUAUUUUUACUAGUAAAGCUCCACAGGCCCCAGCAGCCACCCAUGGUACAGAACCUUCAAGUCUGAAGAAGGUUUUUGGUGGCAUUCAAAAGUGCACUCAAGAGAUGAAGUUUCCUCAGGUAAGUGCCUCAAAAGUUGUUGGAGUGGCUCCUCAACCCAAACCUGCUCCAGAGGUUGAGACUGCUCCACCAAGAAAUGGAGUUGGCAUUGAUAGGAAUGUACGACCAAGCAGAGACUUUGAUGAUGAGGCUCUUACAUACGAGACAAGAAGUGCUUUCCCUGCUAUGAAUGGAGACUCUACAGGUCAGGGCAAUCAUUUUCUUCAAGCUCAUGUGCCAGAAAAUCAUGGAUUCCAAAAUGGGAAGGAUGUUGAUGAGCACCUGAGGGAAUCUUCUCCUGGCUUUGAUGUUCUUGUAGACGAUGAGCUUGGAGAUUCUGAUUACUACCAUGGUGAAGAACAGUUUGGAAGAACAAGAGUUCAUGAUGGAAGAAACUUGAAUUCUAUGAAUGAGUAUGAUUUGGACCGUCCUGCUGAUUACAAUUCAGUUGCUGACGGUGAUCGAGAAAGGUUUCAUGACCCACGAGGCUAUGAUCCUUAUGAUCAGAUGCAAGGAAGAUAUGCUUGGGAGCAGCACAGGGCUUCAUCUGAGAGACUGCUUGUCGGCCCUGCGCAUUCAGAGAGGAGGGGUCAUCGUAAAUCUGAUAGUCCAGAUCACAUGGAUGGGUCAGACCUGCGGCACCGUUUGUCCAAACAUAGGGGGGGAAAUGGUCUGAGAUCCAUCAUUAGCAAUGACUACGAUGGCCGUGUUAACGAGCGAAAAAAUCGUCCUCAUAGGGAUUCACAGCAAUUGCCCUUACAUGAGAGCUCCCUCAGCAGUCGUCUCCGUGGCAGAAUAAAGCUUCCAGUUGGGACUUCCCCAGUAAAUGGUAGUGACUUGCGCCAGGAGAGGGAAGCCGGAGGAAGAAGUCGUGACAGAAGUAGAGAUAGGAUGUCGCCCAGAAGGCCCCAAAGUAUGUCCCACCAAGGAAGGCUUCGAGACAGAAUACAAGGAAGGGUGCAAGACGACUCUAAUAAUGAGGGGAGACAUUUCGGGCCUCCUCGCAUCAGGAGAGAGGUAAUGGAUGAAGGAGGCAACGAGUUCUCUCGUUCAAAACGUCCUUCAGAGCUGAAAGGUGCGAUAGAUGCAGAAAUUAGGGAGCACUCUUACCUUGGAAAACCAAGUAAUGUAAACACGGAUAAAAAUCAGCAAUCCGAAGGUGAACUCUCAUUUGAAGGGCCAAAGCCUCUUAGCGAGAUUCUGAAGAGGAAGAGAGAAGCUGAAGCAGCUGCCGGAUCUUCUGGGAGCAGGAAAAAGUUUUCUGUUGAUAAACUAGGCAACAGCGUGAAAGAAAGCCCAGUGACCGAUCCAGGUGGCUUUGGGACAGGAGCUGUUUCAGGGACGCUUGACAGUCAGCCUCCUGUGGCCAAAGAAGAGAGCAAGUCUGCAACCAUUGAUGCGGUUGGAAUUCAAAAUGAAAAGAUUGAUACGGCUCCUGGGCAGCCUUCCAAUGAGCAGAGUGAGGGGGAGCAGGAGACUGAAGACGGUGUGAUAUAUGAUGAAACACCUGAGGAUCAUGAUCUUGAGGCCAAAGAUAAUAGGGAAGGGGAAUAUGAUUAUGAGCAAGGAGAGGAUGGUGAAUACACUUACGAAGAAGGUGAAAAUGCUGAUGGUGAAGAGGAAUACCCGGAGGAGGAAGACGGGGAUGACUUUGCUAAGAAGAUUGGUGUCAUGUUCUCUUGAUCCGAGGUAAUGGGAAAUAGGUGGGAGAUGAGCAACAAUUACAGGAGUGGCUGCUCUUUUCCAGAACCUCAAACUCGUUUGAUUCUGUUCAACUAACGUGGCUGCUCUGGUUUCUUUACGAAUUAGGGACCUUUUUGGUUAAUUGAAUCCUUUUCAUUGUAUUUACUCUGAUUUAAUGGGAGUUUUCCUUGUGCUUUAGGCAUUUUGCUGUGCUUGUUUGUGUGCAUGGCUGCUGUAACAAUAGAUAACAAUAAGAUCUCUAUUAGUAUCAUCU